UGGGCCCAAAAUGAAGAAGCCCCGGACUUUCAAGAAAACCACCGGGACCCCGACAAAGUCUCCUGCAAAGGAGAAAGAGCAGCCCCCCGCCGCUCAGGUCGUGGGAACUGUUCCUCCUGCUGCAGGGGGAGCAGCAUGCCCCCACCCCCUCUGCGAGCUCCGGCCCUCGUCCUAGACACAGAGGCGGAGCUCGGGACUUCGACAAUUUCAACCUCCGAGGUGCGCAUCCCGGUUGACCCCCAGGACCUGGAGAAGAUUCCAGAGGCCUUUCGGGGGACGGUGUAUGAGUCGGCGAACUACGCCGUCAGCCACAUCUACAAGUUCAACGAGAAGAAGCUCAGGGCCAUCGAAACCAGGAGCCCGGUGGGCGUGCUGGAGUCUUCACUGGGCAUGGCCCUAACGAGCGUCGUUGCCCUUCACCGGAGCAUAGCCAGGACCAAGGCUCAGCUCGAGGAGAUGAGGAGCGAGCACCAGGAGGUUGUAGCCAACCACCAGACCUCCUUGCAGGCGGCUAAGGACGCCCUGGCGGCCACGCAGGCCGAGCUGAAAGAGGCCCAUCCCAAGCUUCAAGAGCUCGAGACCACCAAAGUCGCCCUCGCCGCCUCGCGGGCCGACCUAGUCACUGCGAAGGUCGCAGCCAAGGCCGCCCUGGAGGCCGAGCAGGCAACUUUAGGCACCGCCAUGGAGGGCAUGUUCUACCAUUGCUGGGCCUAUAAUCAGGACGCCGACUUCUCCUUCUUGGCAGUGGACGUCUGGGAGCCCUUGCUGGAGAAGUUCAAAGCUUGCCUCGAGAAAGAAGCACCUUCCGAGGCCGGGGAAGUCUCCGGCGCAGCUGAGCAGGGCGAGACUGUGACCUCCAAGGGGCCAACUGGUGGAACCUAGGGCCUUUCCAUUCUGCCCUCACUCUUUCAUUCUUAUUAUUUUUUUUUUGUUGUAACUUUCGCAUGAGGUGUUCCCACCUCGAGACAAUUAAUUUUUACCUUUGAAUUG